AUGGAGACGAAAUACGACUGGGAGUCCAACAUUAAAAUGAACAUUUUAACACUAAGAGCUUUGGGAUUAUGGCCUAAGGGUGACACGACCUACAAACCAGGCCUCUACAUGCUUCACGCUGCAAUUCUACUAACAGUGCUCUUACUAGGGCACUUAUUCUUUCAAGCAGUCAACAUUUAUUUCAUCAGAACGAACCUAGAAGCCGUCACAGGAACAAUCUACGUGCUCCUAGUGGAAAUGAUCGUGGUUUUCAAAGUCAACUAUCUAGUCAGGAACAUGGGAAUGGUGAAGCAGCUUUUAAGCAUUUUGAAAACCGACAUGUUUCAACCUAAAAAUUCUGAGCAGAUAGGUGCGAUUCACACGAGUUUGUGGUUUUGGAGGAUUAUUUACAACAUCCUUUUGUACUCAUGCAUUGGGACCAACAUGUUUUGGGCUAUUUAUCCCCUGAUGGACAGAUCUGCGAGGGAGGAAAAGCGGCUGCCGUUUCUGGCUUGGUAUCCCUUUGAUACCUCGAAAUCUCCAGCGUACGAAAUUACUUACAUUUAUCAAGUGAUUAGUGUUUGUACUAUUACGACUCUUCAUGUUAACAUAGACGCUUUGGUGGCGGCUUUGAAUGUGUUCAAUGGUAGCCAGUUUGACAUUCUGUGUGACAAUUUGCGAAAUCUUCAUAAACUGGGUGGCAGCAUCGCAGCGAAUUUCCUAAUUUGUGUCAAACACCACAAAGAAAUUUUAAGUUUUUCAGAUAGAUUUAACAAAUUCCUGAACUGGAUUCUGUUUAUUCAAUUUUUUAUUUUUACGUUUUGUAUCGGAAUGACUUUGUUUCAGUUGACUGUAGUGGCCCCGAUGUCUAACGAAUUUUAUUCACUUGUGGCUUAUGGACUAGCUAUUACGACGCAGAUUUUCAUGUAUUGUUGGUUUGGUAACGAGGUUGAAAUUAAAAGUAGCAAAAUUCCUUAUGCGGCUUUUGAAUGUGAUUGGACAAGUUUUUCGCUUGAUAUAAAGAAGAUGUUGUUAUUUUUCACGCUCAGAGCGCAGAAACCAGUGAAAUUGUCAGCUCUGAAUUUGUUUUAUCUUUCUUUGGAAACUUUUCUGCGGAUCCUAAAGACAUCUUAUUCUUAUUUUGCACUCUUGCAACAAGUUAAUGCUGAAAAAUAA